AUGAAGUCUACAUGGCGCCCAGCAGAACACGAGUCGCCGGAGCCCUCGACAACCACCUUGCCGCCGCGAGCUUGGUACGAGUCCUCCAGCGCACCCCGAGUGUCCCUCAAUGGGACCUGGCGCUUCCGACUUUCGGCAACGGCCAAUGUCCCAGAUACGUUCGCAUCCCAAGACAGCACUGAAGAUUCGAGCACCGAUGACGCCUGGUCUGACUUGCCUGUUCCCUCCACAUGGGUGCUGCAUGGCCAUGGUGCCCCAGCCUAUCAGAAUAUCCGAUAUCCCUUCCCAAUCGACCCUCCCAGGGUGCCCGAUGCCAACCCCACCGGCGACUACCGACUCAACUUCACAUUGCCUCCCAACUGGCCUCGUGAUGGACAGACCAUUCUCCGCUUUGAUGGUGUCGAGUCGUUUGCCAAGGUAUGGCUCAACGGCACCCGUCUCGGGACAUCUGGAGGGUCGCGACUCGGCUUUGAGCUAGACGCCACUGCUGCUCUCACACCCCCUGGUCAAGCCAAUGCCCUGGCUGUUCGCGUUCACCAGUGGAGUGCAAACACAUAUGUUGAAGACCAAGACCAAUGGUGGCUACCGGGAAUCUUCCGUGACGUUACCAUCCUGCACCGACCCAAAGGCGCAGUUUGCGACCACUUUGUGCACGCUUCCUAUGACCACACAACUGGUACAGGCAACUUUCGUGUCGACUCCCAGCCAGAAGGUCGUGUUCGUGUACCCGAUCUUGGCAUCGAUUCGGCCACAGGAGAAGAUGUUGUGAUUGACAACGUGGAACCGUGGUUUGCCGAGUCGCCAAAGCUGUACACAGCCGAACUCGAUACUGGCUCUGAGCGCAUUCCCAUUCGAAUCGGAUUCAGGAGCGUCAAGAUUGACCAUGGUGUGAUCAAGGUCAAUGGCCGCCGGAUCCUCCUCCGUGGAGUGAACCGUCACGAGUUCCAUCCCGACAAGGGCCGCUCUGUGGACCGCGAAACCAUGGUCCAAGAUAUCUUGCUUAUGAAGCAACACAACAUCAACGCGGUACGGUGUUCUCAUUAUCCUCCACACCCUCUGUUCCUCUCCUUGUGCGACGAGUACGGUCUGUGGGUGAUGGAUGAAGGAGACCUCGAGACCCAUGGAUGGGAGGCCGUAUCCUGGCGUGGCAAUCCCACCAACUCACCCGAAUGGAGGGCCAACCUUGUAGACCGCACAAAGCGAAUGGUUGAGCGCGACAAGAACCACCCGUCCGUCGUCAUCUGGUCUCUCGGAAACGAGGCGGGGACAGGCUGCAACGUUACCGCCAUGGUACAGUGGAUCAAGGAGCGUGACCCCAGUCGACUGGUGCACUAUGAGCGCGACUGGGCGAUGGAGAGCGUAGACAUCUAUUCCCGCAUGUACCCCACCCAGGGGCUGGUCGAGGCCAUCGGCAAGGGCGAGGAAGGCGAGAUUCCGCAACACGAGGCCGACAGCCGCGGUAUUGUCGAGGACCUCAACACCCCAGCAGCUCUGGAGCGACGCCGGAAUGCCCCAUUCGUUAUGUGCGAGUAUGCCCACGCAAUGGGCAACGGACCAGGCGGCCUGCAAGAGUACCGGCAACUGUUUGACACCUACGACCGACUGCAGGGCGGUUUUGUCUGGGAAUGGAUCGACCAUGGCAUUCCUGCUACUGGCCCCAAGGGCGAAACAUAUUACAAGUACGGCGGUGAUUUUGGAGAGACCAUCCAUGACGGCAACUUUGUCUGCGAUGGCCUUCUGUUCCCAAACCGCCAGCCAAGCCCUGGACUUUUGGAACUGAAAAAGGUCGUCGAGCCAGUUUCAAUCACUCUGCUGGAGACCAAUACGGAAGUCUUCAUCAAGAACAAGUACGACAUGGUCGAUACGUCGGCAUUCCACUUCAAGUGGAAACUGGAGGUGGACGGUUUUAUUGUGCGGGAAGGUGUUUUGGAUGUUCCUGUCAUCCCAGCCGGGAAGAGCACGACAGUCCGUUUGCCAGCAUUCCACGUCGACGCUGGAAAGCAGUGGUGGGUGACCGUUGCAGUGGUGCUUGCGGAGUCUACACCUUGGGCAUCGGCCGGGCAUGAGGUUGCGUGGGGACAGUUCUCUCUUGCUCCUCCUCGCACCAUCCCUACCAUCACACCCGUCGCCCUCGCCCCUAGGAAGCACGACGAUGGGACUGUCUCACUCGGUAACGCGCGGUUCUCAGCUCGUGGACAACUCCUGUCCCUUGGAGCGCAACUGCCUGUCACGUCUGGCUGUGUCCUCGACAUAUGGCGCGCACCCACCGACAACGACCGCGGCGGCGACCGCGCUGACGGCCGCAACUAUGGUUCCGUGUGGCACGAUGCGGGCCUGCAUCGCAUGAUCCACCGCGUCGACGGCAUUGAAGUGGACAACCAGCAGCUAGUCGUCUUUACGCGUGUUGCAUCGGCCUCAUCCGACAGGGGUCUGGUCGCCACAUACCACUGGACGGCAACUGCGCAGGAAAGUGUGCAGCUCCGUGUCCACGUUGUGCCCACGGGCGACUGGCAGGGUGUCCCGCUCCCGCGCAUGGGUGUCCGACUCGGUCUUCCGCGCCAGCUCGAAACGAUUUCCUGGUUUGGCCGCGGACCUGGAGAGAGCUACCCCGACACGUGUGCUGCCGCUCGCGUCGGCCUCUUCAACGGCACCCUCGACGGUUGGCAAACGCCAUACGUCUACCCUCAAGAGAACGGGUCUCGAUCUGGCGUCCAGUGGGCCGAGUUCCAUGGAUCCGAGCGCGGUGCCGGUCUCCGCGUAGAGUACGUGGGUGACGACAGCAACCGCCACGGUCUCGCGAUCGCCGCGAGGCCAUGGACGACUGAGGCUCUCGAGGCGGCACAACACACGAUCGACCUCGAGGACAGUGGUACAAUGUGGCUCAACAUUGACACCGCUGUCCACGGUAUCGGUACGGCGUCAUGCGGUCCAGGAGUGCAGCCCCAGUACCAGUUGGAGGCCAAGGAGAUGGCCUUUGACAUUGCUUUCCGGGAUCUUUCUGGUAUUAGAACGAAGUUGUAA